AUAUAUAUAUAAAGUGUCUGCGCGCAUAGAAAGGGAUAUACCAUUCUAACACUCAAGCAGCUUCCCAGUAAUCUGAGACCAGCUUUGUUCUUCAGACUACACAGGGUUCUCGUAACAUGGGGCGUGAAUAUCUUUCGGCUGUUUUCUGUUUAUGUGUACUUGCAUGCUCCUUACUCCCCACGUCCUCUGAAGGUCUGAUGAGAAUUGGUUUGAAGAAACGAAAAUUGGAUCUUAACAGUAUUAAUGCUGCUAGAAUUGCAAGAAAGGAGGGAUUAAAUGGACAUCCUAAUCUGAGGAGUUCAGAUGAAGAUAUAAUACCACUGAAGAACUAUUUGGAUGCCCAAUACUAUGGAGUGAUCGGCAUUGGCUCUCCCCCUCAGAAUUUCACAGUUAUUUUUGAUACUGGCAGUUCCAAUCUCUGGGUACCAUCAUCAAAGUGUUAUUUUUCUAUUGCCUGCUAUUUCCACUCAAAGUACAAGGCAAGCCGUUCCAGUACCUAUACUAAGAUUGGAAAAUCUUGUGAAAUACAUUAUGGGUCUGGAUCAAUUUCUGGUUUCUUCAGUCAAGAUAAUGUUAAAGUUGGGGAUCUUGCCAUCAAAGAUCAAGUCUUCAUUGAGGCUACACGGGAAGGAAGUCUUACUUUUGUUUUGGCAAAGUUUGAUGGAAUACUUGGACUCGGAUUUCAGGAAAUUUCGGUUGGGAAUGUUGUGCCUGUCUGGUACAAUAUGGUGGAGCAAGACCUUGUGAGCGAAGAAGUUUUCUCUUUUUGGCUGAACCGGGAUCCAGAGUCAAACGAAGGUGGUGAAAUUGUUUUUGGUGGUGUUGAUCCAAAACACUUCAAGGGCAAACAUACUUAUGUACCAGUAACUCGAAAGGGCUACUGGCAGUUUGAAAUGGAUGAUUUUCUUAUUGGGAACCGUUCAACAGGCUUCUGUGAGGGGGGUUGUGCUGCUAUUGUGGAUUCAGGAACAUCCUUACUUGCUGGUCCAACACCUGUUGUGACUGAAAUCAACCAUGCCAUUGGAGCAGAAGGAAUUGUGAGCAUGGAAUGUAAGGAAGUCAUUUCUCAGUAUGGAGAAAUGAUAUGGGAUCUCUUAGUCUCAGGGGUAAAACCAGGAAAAGUAUGUUCACAGAUUGGUUUAUGCUUAUUUGAUGGCGCUCAAUAUGUGAGCACUGGUAUUGAGACAGUGGUAGAGAGGGAAAGUGGGGAGGGACGGCCAGUUGGGGACAGUGCUUUGUGUGCUGCUUGUGAGAUGACCGUUAUUUGGAUCCAGAACCAGCUGAAACAGCAGGAAACAAAGGAGAAAGUACUCAGCUAUGUGAACGAGCUUUGUGGAAGCCUACCGAGUCCAAUGGGCGAAUCGGUAAUUGACUGUAACAACAUCUCAGACAUGCCAAACAUUACAUUAUCCAUUGGAAGUAAAUUGUUCAAUCUCACUCCGGAGCAGUACAUUCUUAAAACUGGAGAAGGCAUAACUACUGUCUGCCUUAGUGGGUUUAUUGCUUUGGAUGUGCCGCCUCCCCGUGGUCCUCUAUGGGUUCUAGGAGAUGUUUUCAUGGGAGCUUAUCACACUGUUUUUGACUAUGGCGAUCUCCAAAUUGGUUUUGCCGAAGCUGCUUAAUUACCAACCUCUCUGUAACUCUGUCUUUACAGUAGUCCUCGCUAUCUGCUGCUGUGUGUGAACUAAGGGAUUGUAGCUGAAGACUCUUUUUUUUUGUCAAAAAAAGUAAGUGCAUGGCGUGAGGGCAUGAUGGGUUAUGUAGUUCAUGUGUAAAUAAAGGGCUCCUUUUAAAUUGUAAUACUCAUGCUCAUUAUUGCACUCCUAUGUUUGGAUUGUUUGUUAUAUGUUAAUACAAAUUCUGGCUCUGAGGUCUGUUGCAAACACUAAA